UGUGCCCAGCAGGUUGAACAGUUAAAGGAAUCCAGUUCACUCUGAGUAGCGUACUCUUAACCUCCCAUAGAUUGAGUGACUUUGUGGUUGACAAUGGGGCUGUUACGCUGGGGAGUAACUCUCCUCCUCUUUACCUUAGCGUUCACGUAUCUGCCUAGACUGUUCUCACCGAAACUGAAGCCUCAUGCCGAUGGUUAUUGUCAUCCGAAGUUUCACAAAGUUUCUGACACCCUAAGAGAAAAUGUGGAAAGCGGAAAGGAGCUGGGUGCGGCGUUCGCUGUGUAUCACCGUGGGGAGGUUGUGGUCGACAUGUGGGCAGGAUAUGCUGACGAGGAGGCUGGAAGACAAUGGUCCAGAGACACCAUGAGUGUUGUAUUUUCAGUUACGAAGGGCGUGGCCGCUGUCACCGUGGCUAGGAUGGUAGACAAGGGAUGGCUGGACUACAAGAAGCCAGUGGCCCACUAUUGGCCUGGGUUCUCGCAAAAUGGCAAAGGGGAGAUAACCGUGGAACAACUACUAGGACACCAGGGCGGGCUGGUGUCCCUUGGUGCCAACAAGACGACUCUACGUCAAUACCGUGACAACCAGGAAGCGUUCACCCGACGACUGGAGGAGGUAACGCCUCUAUGGGAACCAGGCACUGCCCAUGGUUACCAUGCCAUCACGUAUGGCUUCUACGUGGACACUCUAGUCAGGAUGGCAGAUCCAAAUCACAGGAACAUGACUCAGAUAUUCCGGGAGGAGGUUGCCGAGCCUUUCGGCAUCGACUUCCACAUCGGUCUCCCUAAAUCUCUGUCACAUCGAGUAGCUCGUGUACAGUUUAUGUCGGACAUAGCGUUGAUAAUCUCGUCCAUGAAGUCCUGGGAUUUGUUCCACUUCUUUGCUAGUAUCGCACUCUACCCGGAAUCCCUUUCCGCUAAGGCAAUGACUGUACUGGAGACAAAGAACACUGCUCUUAAUGACCCUGAAGAGAGGAGUAUUGGCCAAUCAGCGUUCCUUGGUAUCGGGACAGCCCGCAGUGUGGCCAAACUCUACAGUUACAUGGCAAUGGGCGGAAGUAUCAAAGGGAGACAACUUCUCAAACCGGAAACGUGGAAGUUGAUGACUAGCAGUUUAAAAACCGCUCAGGAUCUUGUAAUUACCACACUCGUUGCAGAGUGGGGCAGAGGUGUAGGAUUCCGUGAACUGCCUCACUCAAAGUAUAAGGGCCAGAAGGUUAUCGGCAACGCAGGCUAUGGUGGUCAGGUCGGUUAUUUUGACCCUGUCAACCAGCUCUCCGUGGUGUACAUCACUAACCAUGCCUCCCCACACGGACUGUGGGACGACCCUCGGUUCCUCGACCUGGAGGCUGCCUUGUAUGACUGUUUGGACCAUAAUAUACAAGGAAGAAAACUGUAGUUUCUUAUAUCAUUACAGUGGGAUGUGAUAUAACUGUCUGAUAGUCCAUGUGUGCAAAUCAAA